AUGGAAGGCGACACACAUUGAGAGAAUUCCACAUUUCCACCCUAUCAAAAACAAACCACAAAAAAACUCAACAAAUUCUCCAACUUCCUCUUUCUCUCCCCUCUCCACUCCACUCCUCUCUCAAUGGCAAGCCUCUGGCGAUCAGCUCUAAACCGGGUAAUAGGAACCGACACAUCCGGAUCAACCGGUCCAGAGUACGACGGGGUAGAGUUCUGGACCGAACCGGAACGAUCGGGGUGGUUAACCAAACAAGGGGAGUAUAUCAAAACAUGGCGUCGCCGCUGGUUCGUGUUAAAGAAAGGCAAGCUUUUCUGGUUCAAGGAGUCAACCGUGAACCGGUCCUCUAAACCGCGUGGCGUUAUUCCGGUUUCGUCGUGUUUAACCGUGAAAGGUGCUGAGGAUGUGUUGAACCGGCAGUUUGCUUUUGAGCUUUCAACCCGGUCUGAUACCAUGUAUUUUAUUGCUGAUUCUGAGAAGGAGAAAGAGGAUUGGAUUAAUUCCAUUGGUCGGUCUAUUGUUCAGCAUUCCCGGUCUGUUACGGACCGAGAGAUUGUUGAUUAUGAUAAUAAGUGAUUUUAAGUUCUAAUGAUUUUUUUUUUUUUGAGGGUGAUAUGCUGUUAAAUUGGAGUUUGCUUUCUUGUUUGAUUUUCUGGGUUGUAUAUGAUUUUGUGCCGUUUAAUGUGAAAGCUAUUUUGAAUUUUGGAUCUGAAACAA